AUUUUCGUCACGACUUCCGCUUUUAAACUCUUAUCCACCUAACACACCACUCAAAGAUAGUCCUCCCCUUCUACUACGCAAAAACCCUUCCCAAUCCACGUUUCAUACACCUCCUCAUCGAUUCCAUUGCAAGGGUUCGCCAACUCGUUGAAAUGACCUAGGGUUCAUUGGGAGCUACUGCAACGAGUAGUCAACAGAACAUGUCGUUCGAGUCAAACGAAGAAGGUGAGGAGGAAGACGAAGUGAGAUACAGAGGAGAUAAGGAGUAGAUUCCAGAGGCAUUGCCGGUCAAACACAGGUGGUGGCGCAAGAGGCGUUGGAGCUCGACGAAAGCUGCCAUGGGGAAAUGCUUCGUAUGAAGAAGAAAAACUAGAGGAGGAUCGUAGUGUAUAUGGGAGAUGACUUCGUGUUCCAGUUGUUUGGGAAGCACAAAGAUAUGGAUGGAUGUGGGGUUAUGUCCUAGUUAUUGUGUCAGACUUGAUGGAGAAAACAAAGGUCUUGAUAAAGGGAAUAUGUCUAAAAUUGAUGACUAUCAGAAUUUGUUUGGUUUAAUGAAACAGAGGUUUAUGAGUUUCAAGAACUAGAAAUACAUGGUGGAAAUGAUCAUGAAAUCUAUGAAUCGGAACGGGCUAUCGAACACACAGACCUUCAAAGCACUUCUAUCAUCUGCAUCUUCAACCUAUCAGCUUGCAUCCUUAGGAGAACUGCUAUAUCAGUGCCACUACAACUACAGUGCUUGUGGACUUGGCUCUGAUGGAACAGAUAGGCUUGUACAUUUAGUGCAAGAGUUGCAGCACAGUGCUGAAUCUAAAUAUGAAGGUGGAACUUUAUAUGGAGCCAAGAUAACUGGUGGUGGUUCAGGCGGAACAGUUUGUGUAAUUGGUAGAAACUGUCUCAAGAGCAGUGAACACACUUUUAAGGAUGCACCAAAUGUGGAAAGACAUGACUAUGCGAAGACAUACCUCCUAGGACCAAUGUUUGGUCCUUAUUCGUUUAUAAAUGUAGUUGGAGGUAAAGAACAAUUUGAUGAUGAAGGAAGGAGCUACAAAAAUUUAGCAGAGGUCGCAGUUGUCAUGACAAUACUGAAAAAUCUACACAAGGCAUGGCUGACAUCAAAACAUGAAUUCAACAUCGGUAUUGUGAACUGUGAUGAUAGAUUUAAUGUCGUUGUGAGUUCUGUUGAUGGUUUUCAAGGAGGGGAGAAGGAUAUUAUCAUGUUAUCAACUGUAAGAACAAGUAGUAGAUCAUCUCUUGAGUUCAUUUCCUCUCCGCAGAGGACUAAUGUUGCUCUUACACGGGCUAGGCACUGCUUGUGGAUUUUGGGGAAUGAACGGGCGAUUACAAACAAUGAAAAUGUUUGGAAGGCUAUAGUGCUUGAUGCCAAGAACCGUAAGUGCUUCUUUAACGCCGACCAAGACGAGGAAAUGGUGAAAGCUAUAUUGGAUUCCAAGAAAAAGGCAUAUCAGUUUGAUGAUUUGCUUGAUACAAAUAGUGUCCUGUUUAGGAGCAAAUUAUGGAAGGUUUUGAAGAUAUGGGACAUACUACGUUUAGAAGAUAUCCAACAGUGGGCCCAACGCCUGGACAAAGUGUUUAGAAGAUACACUGAUGAAUAUAUUAGGAUGUGCAAAAAGAAAGGAACAAAUAAUCUUGUGAACAUAGAAUUUCCAUUGAAUUGGCCACUUUCAGCCAAUAUCCAAAAGUUUGAGAAUGUUAAUAAUGAUGAAAAUGAUCGAGAUGAAAAUAGCAAUGAUGAUACAAAUGAAGCCGAAAAAACAAGGGUUGAGCAGCAAGAGUGGUUGUUGUCGGCUUUAAAAGCAUAUUUGACAAGGAUCUGGGAGCUCUUGUAGAAGCAUUUUUUAUUUUGUUUUGCAGAGGUUUUCAUUCUUGGGAAGACUUCUGGAUAGGUAAUAUCCAUCUUCUGUGCAUCCUUCCAAGGAGGAACCCAAAGGUUCAAUUGAUCCAGCUAGGGUGCUGGAAAAAGCACACUCAAGUACGAAAGCUAAAGGUUCCUCUACCGCAUGCAUCAUUGCACUUACUGAUCAGCAGCAACACUUGCGAUUUUCUUCUUCUCCGAGCAACCCACACGCAGCUUCCACUCUUCCACUGCACGCCAACCGUUCGUUUCGACUUCACCACCGCUGCAGCGCUGCUACACCGCCGCUGCACCACCGCUACACCACCACGGGAGGUUGUUUCGGGGCCGCCGUUGCAUCUUCUUCUUCGAGCAACCAUCACCACUCUUCAAGUGCGCCGUUCGUUCUGCCUGCACCGCCGCUGCACUGCCACUUCACCGUCGACGAGAUUGUUCCGGCGCCGCUGCAUCUUCGUCUUCUCCGAGCAUGAAGUUCAUCGUCACCAGAUCUGGUGUUUUAUGGGCUGCUUUACAAGAAUCAGCUAUUGGUUGGGUCUUUUAAUUGCUUUUAUUUAUUGAUGGAAGUAAAUGAAAUUGCCAUUGCUAUGGUUUGUGAUAUUGAUUGAUGUUGAUAAUUUGAGGUCAGAUUUAAGAAUGAAUGUUUAUGCCAUUUUGUCAUUGUUGAUGCCAUUCCAUGUUAUGGGCUUAUGUUUGUGUUAAAAAUUAUGCUAUUGGCAGUGAUUGAAUCACAAAGAUGCCAUUUUUUCUUUUCAUUCCAGCAAGAAAAUUAUUGUUUUACCUCCAUCAGAAUCCGUGGUAUUUUCUCUAAGUUUAAUCUUUCAAUGCUUCGCAACUAUUUCUUUUUUUCUCAGUGUGAUUGAAGCACCCACAGGUAAUGAGGAAAGUGAAGACCCAGAGUUUUUUUUUUUUUUAUUUCUGGUACACAAUUAGGCCUCGGUUGGUGGAAACUGAGGCAGUAACUAUGCAAUAUGCCUCGGGUUGAUAACCGAGGCAUAAAGAAGUAUCUUUUUACCUUGGCAGUAUAUGCAUCGGGUGCGAACCCGAAGUCAAAAGUUAAAAAUAACCGCUGUCGUUUUCCUUCCCUGCACUAGUGAUUGCAUAGUAAUUUCUAAACUUUGUUCCUGAACUUUGACUCUUUUUUUUCUGCUUUUCUUCAUUUUAUAUUUUUAAUUGAGGGCUUGUGAUUUUUCUUGGUUACAAAUAUUCUACUCUAAUUUGUAAGUAAAUAAUUUUGCUAUUAUGUAAUUUUGAAAGAGAUCUCUGUUUUGUUUCAUUCUUCACAUAUCUUCAUUAUUGUGUGUUUCUUGCAUAGGGCCUUAAUGCUAUCAAUUUAGGAGAUAGUGGGUUUAUGGUAGUCCGGGAUGGGUGCACCGUAUUCCAAUCCCUAGUGCAGCAACAUGAUUUCAAUUUCACCUAUCAGCUGGAAUGUGGUAGGAAUGGUGAUUUACCUAGUUCUGGUCAGGAUGUAAUGCAGGUGUGACGGAGCAAAGCGGUGCAGUUCCAAUGGUGCGGUGCAAUUCUAGUUAUACGGUGUAGGUUUGGCACGAUGCAAUGUAUGGGGAUGUGGUGUGAGUUUUCAACCUAAGAAAAAGUGAAAAUUAGGAAAAGGAAACCAAUAAAGCUAUUGAUCAUGACGAUGGUGUGAUGUUAAAAGGCCAAACCAGAUAUGAACACAUUGUUCUUGGACUCAAAACUCUGAAACCACCCCUAGCCAGUGAUGGGAGGCACGAGGAUUUCCAACGCAUGCCAACCCUUGAUGAUGGAAUCUUAUGUGCGAAAGUUGAUCUGAGAAGAGAGAAUGAAGCUGGUUCGCAUGAUGGAGGCUCGAAUUCUGCUGAACCUGGUGCACAAGCCAAGACUAGCGAACUUGAGGCGUGAGUCUGUUGAUCCAAGGGAGAGCAAAGUUAAUCAUGAUGGAUGGAGGUGAUUUGGGAAGUGUAGAGAUGAAAUGGAAGCAUGACUUGAUGGACAAUCGAGAGAGACAAAGUAGAUCAAAGGCGCAUCGAUACUGGUUCGAGAAAUGGGUUAGGUUUUUCAUCUUUUCUGAUUUUUGGUGAAGGGUUUAAAAUGGGCAGAUUUAAGUUUUGUGGGAGAGCCCUGGGCAACAAGAUAGAGAGAAAUUUUGAGAACUAGGGUUCAUCUUCUGGGUGUGAGCAAGAGUGAGAGGGAGUGCAUUGUAAGAUAGUUUUCCCCAAUUCUGAUGACCACAAAGUGACCUUCAGAAAUUCUAGAUUUCUUGUUAGCACUCCAUUUUGUAUUAUUUUUCCUUUCUAAAACUUUCUUUUAGUUUAAAUAAAUAUUUGUUUGUCUUUUAUUAAUUAGUUUUUAUUGUUAUUGUAGAGAAAUAGAGUUUUCUUAAAAGUAUGGUAAAAAGGUUUCUUAUAGUAGUAUUUUAAUGCAUUUAGUUUUGUUCUUUUAGAAUUGUCCUUUUUAGAAUAAAUUUGCUUUGCCAUGAAAAUCCUUAUUUUGUUGAUUUGCAUGUGAGUCCUUUAAUCCAAUUGUCUCUUAAUCCCUGGGAGAUCAACUGAAACUUUUGACUAAGGAUUCCCAACAAAACACACGUUUCAUUUAAUUGGGUUAAUCAAUCCUUUGCUUUUGAUGAAUGGGAAGCGCGAGGAUUUUCAACACAUGCCAAACCUUGAUGCUAAAGUCUUAUGUGCGAGAGCCGAUCGAGGCUGAUUUGCGUGAUGGAGGCUUAAGAUUUAGAAAUCUGAUGCGUGAAGGGAGCAAGGAUCAUGAGGUAGGUUCUUCAUCAUUUCUGAUUUUCAACUUUGGGGGGUUUUAUGGGGCAGAUUUAGGUUGUAUUAGGGGAGCCCUAGUGGUGCAAAAGAUGAGUGCAAAGUAGACUUUAGAGAUUUGGUUUUCUCUCUAGCAUGUGGGUAGCUCUACUUGGCCUUUCACGAGCAUAAAGUAACUGAGAAGUGUAAGAUCCGAGAAUAAUUAGACUAAAGGGAAAUGUAAGAUCCGAGAAAAUUAAAUAAAUAAAUAAAUAUUUAUUUAAUAAAUGUGAAGGACGAAAACUGUAAAUUAGUUAAUGAGUAGAGAGAACACAAAUAAUAGUGCUAGCUCAAGUGGUUUAAAGUACUUGGUUGUGAUGAGAGGACUUGAGUUCGAAUCUUGUGUAUGCUAUUAGUAUUAUAAUUUAAUAAAUUAAUUAUUUUGCAUUUAUCCAUGAAUGUGUGUAGGUAUUCAAAAUAGCAAGAAACACAAAUUGGCUUGUUGGUUGUACAUUUGUUAGUCAUUAUGUGGAUCUGGGUUCAAACCUUUGUUGGUGUAAAAAUAAUUUCUUUUUGCAUAAUGAUCAUGUGGAUCAAUGGGAGAAACUUAGAAAAUCCUAGCCAUCAAUGUGAGAAGUCGAGGGGUGGAGAAACCAUUAGGUUAAUGGUAAUUGAAAAAUUUUCGUUUUAUUUUUUUAUUGAAUUUUUAAGAGUGGGGAAGGAGAGGUUGAAUGAGUAAAUUAAGGUGAGAAAGAGAGGGGCAUUAUGGGGCAGCGUAAGGGUGUAGAAGAGAGCACUACAAUUGAGUUUAAGAGAGUACUUGGAAGGCUGGAGGAGGCCGUUGAGUAGAAGCCAAUGUGGUGUUUUUUUUUUGGAGUAAGAAAAGUCUUUAAAAAAGCACUCGGAGCAGGAAAUCCAGGUUAGGGGAAGCUGAACUUGUUCCUUUUCUCUUUUGUGGUUUGAUGCAUGAUUCUUGUUGUUUGCUCCGGUGUAUGAACACAUCCAAAAUGCUUGAAUAUCUUUUGUUUUCUGUCUGUUGUUUUUUUUUUUUUUGUCUUUUGGGUGUAUGAAUCGGUUAGGGGAGCUACAACUUGUGUCUAUGAUUGAUUGUUUAUGAGAUUAAUGUCAAUGGAUUAAUGGGAUGGUGAAUUAUAAAAUUUGGAUUAAGUUUUGGUGUAAGGGGAGCUACAUCUUGUAUCUAUGGCUAUUUGUUUAUAUGAUGAAUGUCUUGUAUAUGAGAUAAGAAGGGUUUAUCCUUGUGGUAAAAGAAUGUUAGGUUUUUUGGUGUGAGGGAUAUUGAUCUUGUGAAAUGCAUAUUUGGGUUAUGUUUUUUAUCUUCAUCUUAUUACCAUGUGAAUUUAUUUGAGGUUGGGGCAAUGGUUGUAAAUAUAACUUGUUUUCCUUUGGAGUGUUAAUUAUGGUUGAAGUAAGCAUGAUUUUAUAAUGGGCUUUUGGUUAAGAUUGCAGAAUUUCGUGAACUGCAGGACGUUGGUGGUAAGUUGAUUAGAAAUUUUGUUUAAAGUAAUUGAUGAACUAAAUUUAUCAUUUAGAAAAGUAGAGGUUAAAUAUUGUAUGAAAUGAAAUUGUUUUGUUGUUGUUCUUGAGCAUAUGGGAAAAUCCAUGGUGUAAUAGCAAUUGGAAAUGUUUCCUUAUGAUGAAAUUAUGAUUUGUGUUGGAGUACUAUAAAUUAGUUAAAUUUGGGGUCUUGGAUAAAGUUAGUGGAGCGAGUAUGGUUCCUAAGGGUACUGUUAAUUUGGGUUCUGAUGCAGUAAGAUUUUAUGAGUUUAUUAAGAAUCCAUCAGUUGUGUCAACGCUUGGGUGAAUUUUAGUUCUUGGUUUUCCUCUUACAAUUUUGAAGCCAAAUCAAUAGGUUGUGGUAAAAUCCACUAGUCACUUGUGGAACUCACUGUUUUGACUCUUGCGCAUUUGAAGCCAAACUACAGGUUGUGGGAAAAUCCACUGGUCACUUGUGGAACUCGCUAUUUUGACUCUUGUAUAUUCGAAGUUAAAUCCACAGGUUGUGGCAGAAUCCACAAGUCAUUUGUAGAGCUCACUAGUUUGCAUUUUUGUUUUCUAGAGCUAAAUCCAUAGCUUGUGGAAAACUCCACUGGUCACACAUGGAACUUACUGUUUUGUUGUUGUGGUUUGUUUUAACAUGAUGUUGUUGCUAGUUUAAAAAUGUGUUGUUUAUGUAUUAUUUAGUGCAGAAUUGUCGGGUAUAACACUUGUUGUUGAUGGGUUGUGUGAAUACAUGUGAAAGUAUAAAUGUAUAUGAUUGUUACAUAUGGUGUGUGAUUGUGCAUUCUGAGUCCUUCUAUGAUUCUUGGAUGUUAAUUAUGAACGAUAAAUUUGAUGAUUAAAUAGUAUAUGUAUUGUGUAGGAAUUGAAAUUAAUUUUUGCUAGAUGAACCAGUAAAGGUAACUUUUACUGGUGUGGCACCUGGCGGAAGUCACGCAAUGUGACAAUUUUGGCAAAACAGUGAUGUGGCGCCUGGCGACGCGAGGAGUGGCAUCAGACGGAUAUGGCUGUGGCUGAGAAUUUUAUGCUUGAAGGACUAAGUCCAUAUGGGGUCCGGGAUGUCCUUGGCAGUGAGUCAUAAGCGAGAGAGUUCAUGACAUUGUGGGACUGCAUGAUUGACGAGGGUGGAUGCGUCCACUGAAGGCUACUUUGGGCGAGGGGGUCCACAGUAUGGUGAUUGCAUGCGUGUCAUGGUCCAAGCGAGUGAAGGUUCGGAUGGUUGGACUAUGGACGAGGGAGUCCGUAGGGCAGAACAAGUCCCGAGACCUAUAUGAAAUUGCAUAUAACUCAUGUAGGGUAUGAGUUCAUGGGGGUAUAAGAGAUUUAUAGAUAAAUAAUAUGGAACUUAUU